CUGGCGCAGCGGCGGAGCGACACACCUGUAUAAAAGCGGAUUCCAGGUCAGCUGACAUUCAGAGGGGGAAGCGAUGAAGACGACAGGGUGCUGAGGAAGAGCACAGAAUCUCUCUCUCAGAUGGGGAUGUUCUGCGGGGCGCGUGUUGUGCGUUUUUAAAGAUGGACGAGCUCUUUAACCAAAGCGCAGCGCCGAACCAAAGUUCCGCUGGAGAUGACAAGUUCACAUUCGACGACAUCGACGUGAGCGCGGACGGCUCUCCCAUCCUGAGAAUAUUCAUAUCGGUGGUGUACUCGGUGGUGUGCGCCGUCGGCUUGGUGGGGAACCUUCUCGUGUUUUUUCUCAUGAGGGUGCGACAGGGUCGCAAAAGAUCCACUAUAAAUGUUUUCAUCACCAACUUGGCAGUGACGGACUUCCAGUUCGUCCUCACGCUGCCCUUCUGGGCCGUGGACACAGCGCUGGACUUCAGCUGGCCGUUCGGAGACGCGAUGUGCAAGAUCGUCCUGUCGGUCACCGUCAUGAACAUGUACGCCAGCGUCUUCUUCCUCACCGCCAUGAGCGUGACCCGCUACCUCUCCGUGGCUUCAGCCCUGAAGAAAAGGUCUUACAGAAGGUCACGGUGCGUCAAGUGGGUGUGCGCGGUGCUGUGGCUGGCCGCCACCGCAGCCACGGCUCCCACGGCCGUCUUCUCCACUGUGACGGUGGUCGCUGGAGAAAAGCUGUGCCUCCUUAGGUUUCCAGAGGGACACGACUGGCUGGCCCUUUACCACAUCCAGAAAAUAUUGAUUGCUUUCGUCAUACCGAUGUUCAUCGUUUGCGUCAAUUACAUGAUGCUCCUGCGCUUCGUUAGGCGGAAAAGCAUGGACGGCAGUAACCCCAAACGGAGGACCAGGGUCACCAAGUCUGUCGCUAUUGUCGUUUUGUCCUUCUUCUGCUGCUGGAUGCCAAACCAUGCCAUCACCUUCUGGGGCGUCUUGGUCAAAUUUAACGCAGCCAACUGGGACACAUCAUACUACACGGUGCACACGUACGUGUUCCCGGUCACGGUGUGUUUGGCACACACAAACAGCUGCUUGAACCCAAUCCUUUACUGCCUGAUGAGGCCGGAGAUCAGGAAGAUGCUGAGCGGCUUGUUUUGGAGAGUCCCCAGUCCCACUCAGAGCAAGGCUUGCGCGACGCGCUCCGUUACGCACAUAGAAACCCAGGGAGUGGUGCCCCUCCAGAUCAUUGACAACACGGAGUACACGCUAUCCAUCAUAGACCGUAAAGGCUCAUCAAGUUCUAAGUCAAUCCCAUACACCCACUGAAUAAAAAACUGCCUUUAUUUAUUUAUUUAUUUAUUUAUUUAUUUUUGCUCCGUCAGCUGGCUUUGCUCGUGCGUAAUGUGUUCACAAGUCUGAAAAUUAUAAAACAGUUCACUCAUUCUGUGAUUUUUCUAUGAGAUUAAUCUUUUCACUUUAUAGUGACAAAAAGACUGGGACGGGGAUCAGCCUGGCCACAUGGGGAAAGGCGGAGACAUUCACUGUUGGACCCCAAAAUAUGACAAUGUUUACCAUGUAAAGCCUGACUGUAAAUAAAUUGCUGUUCCAUCAGA